CCUCCUCUUCGGAGAGUUUCCCCGCACCUUCCGCGAGGAGUUCGGACACGGCAGCCCAGCGGAGCCCACGGUCUGCAGAGCGCUAGCGACGCAGGUGCCCGAGCCCCGGAGCCGCCGCCAUCUCUGCCUCGGUAGGCAUUGGCUUUCUGGAUCAAGGCCUCCUGUCUACUUUGGAAACGGAAGGGACUGCGACUUGAACCUAUUUGCUGUUUUUCAGGUACAUGUCUCUGAAGUAAGAUGACUCGUCAAAAACUCUUUGUGAUUUUAUUACAUUGUGAAUUUCUUUGUGUGAUAACUGCAUUUAACUCGGCAUAUCCAAUUACUCCCUGGAGAUUUAAAUUGUCUUGUAUGCCAGCAAAUGCAACUGGUGAUGACUUCCUUUUGCCUGCCGGAACCUCAAAGAAUGCUUCACGUUUGGAUGGACAUUAUGAGGCAGUUGUUGAAGCUAAAUUUAAUUCAAGUGUUGCCUACAUUUCUAACUUAUCCCAAACAAAGUUCCACUGUUGUUUUUGGAGUGAACAAGAAAAGAACUGCUCUGUAUCUGAGGACGGCACGGAUGGGAGGACAUUUGUUUCAGCAGUAAAUUCCUUAGUUUUUCAACAUCUAGGUGCAAACUGGAACAUACAGUGCUGGAUGAAAGGGGACUUGAAUCUAUUCAUCUGUUACAUGGAGCCAUUAUUAAAGAAUUCUUUCAAGAAUUAUGACCUUAAGGUCCAUCUUUUUUAUUUUCUGCCUGAAGUGAUAGAAGAUUUGCCACUGGCCACCCAGAGAGGCAGUUUUCAGAUUGUCCAGUGCAACUGCAGUGCUCAAGAAUGUUGUGAAUGUCAUGUGCCUAUACCAACAGCCAAACUCAACUACACUCUUCUUAUGUAUUUGAAAAUCGCAUCUGGUGGAGUAACUUUUCAGUCACCCCUAAUGUCAGUUCAGCCCAUAAAUGUUGUGAAGCCUGAUCCACCAUUAGAUGUGCAUAUGGAAAUCACAGAUGAUGGAGAUUUAGAGGUUUCUUGGCACAGCCCAACAUUGGUACCGUUUCCACUUCAAUAUCAAGUGAAAUAUUCAGAAAAUUCUACGACAGUUACAAGGGAAGCUGAUGAGAUUGUCUCAACUACAUCCUUUCUAAUAUAUGGUGUGCUUCCUGGGUCCUUGUAUGAGGUUCAGGUGAGGGGCAAGAGACUGGAUGGCCCUGGAAUCUGGGGUGACUGGAGUACCCCUCACAUCUUUAUCACACAAGAUGUCAUAUACUUUCCCCCUAAAAUUCUGACAAGUGUUGGGUCUAACGUUUCUUUUCACUGCAUUUAUAAAAAUGAAAACAAGAUUGUUUCCUCAAAAAAGAUUGUUUGGUGGAUGAAUUUGGCUGAGAAAAUUCCUCAAAGCCAGUAUCAGGUUGUGAGCGACCAUGUUAGCAAAGUUACUUUUCCCAACUUGAAAGCAACCAAGCCUCGAGGGAAGUUUACCUACGAUGCAGUGUACUGCUGCAAUGAACAUGAAUGCCACCAUCGUUAUGCUGAAUUAUAUGUGAUUGAUGUCAAUAUCAAUAUAUCAUGUGAAACUGAUGGGUACUUAACUAAAAUGACUUGCAGAUGGCCAGCCAAUAUAGUCCAGUCACUUGUGGGAAGUACUCUGCACUUGAGGUAUCACAGGAGCAGCCUUUAUUGUUCUGAUAUUCCAUCUAUUCAUCCCAUAUCUGAACCCAAGGAUUGCCAUUUGCAGAGGGAUGGUUUUUAUGAAUGCAUUUUCCAGCCAAUCUUUCUAUUAUCUGGCUACACAAUGUGGAUUAGGAUCAAUCACUCUUUAGGUUCACUGGACUCUACACCAACAUGUGUCCUUCCUGACUCUGUAGUGAAACCACUGCCUCCAUCUAGUGUAAAAGCAGAAAUUACUGUAAAUAUUGGCUUAUUGAAAGUCUCUUGGGAAAAGCCAGUCUUUCCAGAGAAUAAUCUUCAGUUUCAGAUUCGAUAUGGAUUAAGUGGAAAAGAAGUACAAUGGAAGGUACAUGAGGUAUAUGAUGCAAAAUCAAAAUCUGCCAGUCUUCCAGUGCCAGAUCUAUGUGCAGUCUAUGCUGUUCAGGUGCGCUGUAAGAGGUUAGAUGGACUGGGAUAUUGGAGUAAUUGGAGCAGUCCAGCCUACACAGUUGUCAUGGAUGUCAAAGUUCCUAUCAAAGGACCUGAAUUUUGGAGAAUCAUUAAUGGAGAUACUACUAAAAAAGAGAGAAAUGUCACCUUACUUUGGAAGCCCCUGAUGAAAAAUGACUCAUUGUGCAGUGUGAGGAGAUAUGUGGUAAAGCAUCAUACUUCCCACAAUAGAACAUGGUCAGAAGAUGUGGGAAAUCACACCAAAUCCACUUUCUUGUGGACAGAGCAAGCACAUACUGUUACAGUUCUGGCCAUCAAUUCAAUUGGUGCUUCUUUUGAAAAUUUUAAUUUAACAUUGUCAUGGGCUAUGAGCAAAGUAAAUCUCAUGCAGUCGCUCAGUGUUUAUCCUUUAAACAGCAGUUGUGUGAUUCUUUCCUGGGUGCUAUCACCCAGUGAUUACCGUCUCAUAUACUUUAUCAUUGAAUGGAAAAAUCUUCAUGAAGAUGAUGAAAUUAAAUGGCUUAGAAUCCCUUCAAAUGUUAAGAAAUAUUAUAUCCAUGAUCAUUUUAUCCCUAUUGAGAAGUAUCAGUUCAGUCUUUACCCAGUAUUUAUGGAAGGAGUGGGAAAACCAAAGAUAACUACUAGUUUCACCCAAGAUGAUAUUGAAAAACACAAGAAUGAUGCAGGUCUAUAUGUAAUUGUGCCGAUAAUUAUUUCCUCUUCUGUCUUACUGCUUGGAACAUUGUUAAUAUCACACCAAAGAAUGAAGAAGCUGUUAUGGGAAGAUGUUCCAAACCCCAAGAAUUGUUCCUGGGCACAAGGACUCAAUUUUCAGAAGAGAACGGACAUUCUUUGAAGUCUAAUCAUGAUCACUACAGAUGAACCCAAUGUACCAACUUCCCAACAGUCCAUAGAGUGUUAGAAGAUUUUUACAUUUUGAAGAAGGAGAGCAAAUCUUUUUUAAAAAAAUUUAUUAAACUAUUGAUAAUAUAUGGUGGAUUAUGUUUCAUUUAGAAUUUAAAAUAGAUGUGUAAACUCUGGGUCUCAUAGGUUUGAAUUCAGUUCAGUUUGAAUGUAUGAUUAAUUUUCAGUUCAUCUAAUUUUAAAAAAAUAAUAUUCAUGAUUUCUGGCUUUUGAUUUAUCAUUUUCCUGGUCAUAAGAUUCUAGAUGACUGUUGCUGUCAUAACAUACCUACUAGAUAUUAUGAAAUACCUAAUAGGUAAUCCUGUAAUGAGGUGAACUGCAACUUCUGGCACACAUCUUUGCAAACACAAUGACUCCAUCUCACUCAGAAUGUAGUGAAAGUAUUUAGUUUAUAUUUUUAUGUCGAAAAUUUUCUCUAAGAUUUCUUACUAGACACUUGAGAAGACUAUAAAUUGACCCAUUUGGGUUUCUUUUUGAAUGCCUUGAAGCUUGGAUGUGUCCAACUUUGGUCAAUCUGGAAAUUUCAGUUGUCAAUAGUUUUGAAAAUGACUUCAGUGCUAACUUUCAUUUAAAUUCAAAGAAAGCCAGAAUUUGUAGUUCAUGCUAGUCACAGAACGGUGGAAAUUAACAGUUCACAUCAGGAUAACCCUACAUGCUCAGGUCACAUUCCCCAGAUCAGAAAAGAACAACCUCCAGUCCAGCCGCCUUGUGCAAUUCUUGCCUAAAUUUAAUUUAUUUCCACUGAACCAUCCAAGACUUCUGGCAGUCAGGGAAGUGUGCAGUGAUGCAAGGAAGGGAGUCUCUUUGGAACUUUUACAGAUAGUUCAUGGUGAGGACAUAAUUUUUCUUCCUGAAAAAAUAAGAGCACUUGCAACUUCUGUGAAAUUAGCAUGCUAAGUGUGCUUACAAACUAAACCAAAGUGUCUAGUGAUGAAUCCAAAUAAUAUUCAAAUUUAGGAUAUCUAUGGGUAACUUAGAUUUUAUUCAUAGUUUUAUAUGGAUGUCUUUAAAAAACUAUAAAAAACAGGAAGAAUGUGUCUCUUUUCCUCCCUCCAUUGACUAUUAACAGAUGUCAUUGGAAUGUGAAAUUAUGAAAGGAUAUCCUUUAAUCCUUACCAGCUGAAUACAUAUUUAACAUAUGCCUGGAUUGUUCUAGAAUCUCAAAAAAAUUAGAUAUAUAUAGUGAAAUAGUUUUCUAUUUUUAUUUUUAUUUUUUGGUACCAGGAAUUGAACCCAAGGGUGUUUUACACUGAACCAUAUCCCUAGGCCCAUUUUUUAUUUUUUGUUUUGAGACAGGAUCUUGCUAAGUUGCUUAGGGCCUCGUUAAGUUGCUGAGUCUGACUUUGAAGUUGAGAUCCUCCUGCUUCAGCCUCUCAAGCCACUGGGAUUACAGGCAUGUGUCACUGUGUCUGGUGCAAAAUAGUUUUUUAAACAAACAUACUUUUAAUGAAGUUUUGAUGAAGUUUGUGGCCCAUUGAUAAAAUAAUAUUUCAAUAGUAUAUGAGUAUGUAAUUUCUUGGUAUUAGUGUCUUCCACCUAAAUUCAUUUUAAGACACAUGCAAUUUUUGGUUUCAAUAAUUAGUUGCCCAUUAUGAAGUUUUAGGGAACAUAAAAGAUGUCAGAUAGGUCGUUUGAAGAACACGUGUGAAUUUUCAUUGUAUUUGUACAUUUUUUUGUUUUUCUUAUUCAUUGCAUCUAAUUAUUUGGUGAUGUUAAUUUCUAAAUUUGUUUAAAUUUUAAGACAAUUCAAUGCUUAUGUAUAGUAGAAGCCUUUAAAAAAUGACCAAGCAAAUAUUGGAAGAUAAUCAGAAACCUAUAGAUUUAUGUUAGAAGGAAAAAUAGGCAUAGGAAUAGUUUUCUCUUCCUAUAUUAAGCUGGUAGCAUAAUAGAGUUGUAUUGACACAGUAUUUGUCCUUAUAUAGUAUUUUAAUACAUGUGUAAGUCUAUUCCAUUAUUAUUAUAUUUAGUGUUUGGUAUAUUUAUUCCUCUAUGGUUUUAAUAAGAUUUGGAAACUGUACUAAAUAAAUUUCAUUUUUGUAUGGAAUAUACUUGCCAUUCAGAACAGCUGAGGAUACCAUUGUCUCAGGCAACAAAACUGAAUUCAUUCUAUUAGUUUAAAAAUUGUAAAAAAAGUUAAAUUACAUGUAUGAUAUAUAAAUUGAACACAUGUUCUUGUAGCACUAAAUUUAGUUGUGUUAGUUUUUUGAUAUGAUGCAUCCACAGUAUUUUUUAUUUUGCAUUUAUUUUUCAUUGUGUUUAUAUUGUAUGAAUUGAGCUUUGUGCAUACAGAUUCUUGAUUUGUGGCUGCUUGGCAAGAUUUUUGUUGUGAUGUAACCAUCAUUCUUAUAAAAAAAUAUGAUGUACA